CUCGCGAGAUUCUCUGAAAAAACGGAACUCGCGUGUGGGUGUUGUAGUCCAAAAUACUGACAUAUCCUGCCCUAGUUUCUUUAAGACCUUGGAAAGCUCAAAUAAUCUUCUGCGCAGAACCAGGCAGUCGCAGAAUUUCCUCGCGACCGACGACUAUAAAUAGCAAAACAGUGAGCUGCAGCUUGACACCUGUCUGUUUCGAUCACAUUCAGAAACGUAAACAACGACCGACUGAGUACGUGCAGACACAGACCUCCUCGCAGCAAGUUAAAAGAUCGACUGGCCAGUCUCCAGCGAGCAAACGAGGAAUGUGUGCAAGAAUCUGGAGGACUAAGUGGUGGUUACUCGAAGAUCUGCAAAAACUGGGUCCUUUUAAACACAAUAUAAGGUAAGAAAAUAUUCAAUAUAGAUAGUGCAUUGACCUACUUAUCGAUCUUUUGAGUGGCAAUGAUUUUAUUUAUUUAUUUUAGGUGUGGUCAAUAAGUUGUUAAUUGCAUAAAUUAGUUGACAUAACCACGAGCUAGAUUAAGAAUCGAUUAACAUCAGCGUUGCAUUUGGUAAUUUGCUGAAAAAGUCCUAAUAGGUUGAAUCGUUGUAACGCACUACACUGUUUACAAGCCAGGGUGUUUUUCUAGGACAUGGGCAUGCGUGCAGUCACGUAUAUUUUAAGGUAACCCAGCUGUGCGUCACGGCGGCCCUGUAUUUGUUGUCUCUUUCAUUGAUUUCACUGAUUUUUCUCCCCAUUUUGCAGCGUGUUUUCCUGAAUGAGUGACCGAAUAUUUGACAGCCUCCGUAAUCUGUGAAGGGCACACAUGGCCCACACUUUAAACGAGCAUCAGAGCCGCCUGCCUGUGGCCCAGGCCACUGUGCUGGCUCUGCCCCCGUCAAGCCAAACACAAGUGAGUAUUGUUUCUCCAUUGACUCAUUUGUGUGUUUCACGACUGUAGAAAUGAUCGAAAAUUCCGCUUUUUCAGUGACAGUGGAGCAACACUUUUGACCUUGUUUACAAUGACUUUAGCAAGAAAUCAACCACAACAAAAUCUGAGUGGAUGGCAUGUGGCAUGUGAGCUUGUUUGAGUGUCUUCAUUUUAAAUGGACUUUUGAUCAAUUAUUUGGUAAUGUAUAAAGAAGGUUGCUCUAUGUGAUUUUAAAGUGGUUUAUGUAUUAGCCUAUAACAGGUUGAGCAUGUGAGGGGCAUGGUCAGCUCAGUGUUGUGUGGCUGUUGUUGUGACAUACAGUAGUAGAGGCUUUGCAGGGUCGACCAAAUUCUGUAAACAUGAUAUAAAGGAGAAUUAUACAGCAAUUUGUAGACUUCCUUCAAUAUCAGACAACAAUCAGAGAACCAUUGGCAGGUUGAUUGCAAAGUUGGGCUACACAUACAAGAGAUUUGCCUUGUGAAAAGGAAAGGAGGCAAAAGGAGAAUAAAAGGGUGGAGAGUCAUACCACAGCAUGACCAAAUGAGAGCAAUUUCAGUAUAAAGCACUAAAUCACAAACAUCCACUUCAACAUAAACAACUACUUUAAAUGACAAUUAUAACCAGUGUGGCCAUGUCAGAUGAAAAAAAAAUGUAAAAACUUUUUUUUUUUUUAAGUAUAAGGUUGCUUUAAAAGCUCUGUAUAUGAUUUUACAGUGGCCUAUGUAUAAGCCAAUAACAGGUUGAGCAUGUGAGGGGCAUGGUCAGCCCGGUGUUGUGGGGCUGUUGUUGUGACAUACAGUACAGCUUUCCUGGUACUAAACUUUCAGAGGACAUGUUCUUCUGUUACAUUGCUGUAAAUAGCAGGGGACUGGUAGCUAAUCUAAAGCUGGUCUAGGUUUACUACGUAAUACAGUUGGUAGUAUUAGAAAGGUGAAUCAUGGCAGGUGUUCCCUUUAGUGGGUUAUCACAGACCUAAAAGCAUGUGUUGGUACUGCCAACAGGAAAAUACUACUUACUUUGUCUUUUCAAAUAGAAUAUUUUCCUGUAUUUGAUUUCAAUAUCAGUUUAACAAAUAAAAAGGAAACUUGUUCAACAAGUUUGGCUGCAGUUGUCAGGCUACUGUACUAGUGUGGCGUAAUGGAUACGAUAAAUCAAAAUCUAAUUGUUCAUGAUUAAUAGAGAAUCCAAAAGUGUGUCUUCACUGCUCUAGUUUAAGUAUUGCAACAUGUUUGUUAUUCCUGCCAAGGGACCUGCUUAUCAGUUGGUUGGAUUGUUUAUUGGGUUCAAAUGUGCCUUUCAACUAAAUGAUAACUCAUGUGCAUGCGUGGAGGUUCACACACUGAUACACAAACACACAAGCAUGCACAACUCCUCUCCACUGAAACACCAGUUGGCGUUAUCAUGUGUUUUUUGUUGCAGCAGUUGAGUCUGGAAAAAAAGUCCUGCUGCAGUAAAACCUCAAAGAGAUAAACAUGGGAGUGGAUGUGCUGAUAAGCAUGUGACUUUGUAUAUUCGAUGUUUUUGAGGUCACAUAAUUAGAGUUAGAUUAUUAAAUUGAGUAUUUUCUUACCUUUUGAAACUUGAUAGUUUGAGGUCAGUGUUAUGGUGAGCUAUCAGUUCAUAUCAGUACAAUGAGACAGAGUGUCCUCUACAGUUAUGUGCACGUGUCUAUGUGUCCAAACAGGACUUGAGGCCAAGAUUGUCAGCCCUGGACACCCUGCUGUGCGGGGCAUUUGCUGGGGCUGUUGCCAAAACAGUCAUUGCGCCCCUGGACAGAACCAAGAUCAUUUUUCAAGGCAAGGAAACCCCACAAACAAAAAUACUUCUUCCCAAAUAUAGAAUCUGAAAGCAGAAAAUAGAGUCUUGUGUUAUGUUACUGACUGAUCCUGCUUUGACUAUUACAAUCCGCGGAAAAUGCAGCCUCUGUUCUUGUGUUUGUAACAACAUUUUCACUGAAUGUUGUAACUGUUAAGUAAUAUUUAAUCCUCUUAGUGGAUGUUUAGCCUAAAUGGGAGAGUGUUGAUUAACACUGAGGUUCACUGUGUCUCUCUUGUUGUUCCACAGUGUCCUCAAAAAGAUUCUCUGCGAAGGUGAGUUUAAGCUUUUAUCUCACAGCUGAGUAUUCACUGUAUAUUCCUGAUUAACCCAAUCCAGCAUGUGUACACUGGAGACAAUAAUACUGUUAAAAUAAGGAAAAUAUCAAUUCUUAAAAUAAACUAGUGACAGUUUUCAUAUUUGGUUUAUUGUCUGACAUGUACACUGCAUCACAAAAUAAUGGUUAGAACAUCUCGUGCAAAAAACCCUGAAGCCUUUGGAAAAUAAGUAAUUUAACUUUGAAAUUAUAAUAGUUGUUUUUACACAACAUACUGUAUACUUCCUCCCACCCUCAGGAGGCCUUCAGGCUCAUUUACCACUCCUACAUGAAGGAUGGGCUGCUCAGUCUGUGGAGAGGGAACUCAGCCACCAUGGUGAGGGUGAUGCCCUACGCUGCCAUCCAGUUCUGCUCACAUGAACAGUACAAAAGGCAUCUGGGAGGCUACUUUGGCUACCAGGGAAAGUAAGUAGACUAUUAGCUUAACAGUUAUUAUAUAGUAGAUUUAACUGGUCGUAGAAAACCCCGUAUUUAUAUGUUUUUUCAACCAUAGUUGUAGCAUUUUUCCAGGACUGGAAAUAUGGAAAUGUGGAUUGUUUUGAUCGUCUCUUACUCUAUUCUAGUCUACAACACACACCCACAAAAAGAUGAAAACCAUAUUUAACAGUUUACUAUAAACUUUGAUAUGAUAGUUAAUGUCCCCAAGAGGUCGCCCUGAAACAAUCUUGAUCCCUUUUACAUCAGAUCUACCACCAUCUUUAGGUCAACAUUUUGUUUACAUAUCAAUCUAUUUUGAUAUUUAACUGUAAGACCGAAAGGCCUGGUCUCAACCCCUGUCAUUAUAUUGACAAUAGUUAAAAACUGCUCUGUUCUACCCAUCAUAACAGAGUUUAUACUGAACAUUGUAGAUCAAAAAUGCUGUCAACAGUGAUGGGGGAAAGAUGAUGUUGAUAUUGGCCCCUGUGAAGGUUGAUGCCAAUAUAAUGCUGUGGAUGUAAAAAUGGCAUUAAUCAGCCUGACUGAUUGGCCGAGCAAUUAAACAGUCUAUUUCUACACACUAUCAUGACACUGAAAAUGCACAAUCAAGUAAAACAUCAACAACACUGCAAAUAUGCUGUUAACAAUCACAAUGGUGAUUGACCACUCACAGAUAAACGCAUAUCCCAUCAAGUCCAUGCCUACUUUGUUGACAGUGUUUUCAGAUUUUAUCAUCUACUGCUCUAAUUUUCAAACAUUUAUUUACAUUGAGUAAGGAGCAGAACUCAGAGUCUUACAGCAGAGUCUGUAAAAAUACAGACUCAUGUAAAAUGUACAAUUUAUCAUUUAAAAGUCCUCAACAGAGCCCUCAUACACAUGAUUAAGGGACAGCACUGAACAAUCACACACUUAGCAAAAACAGGCCUCAAAGUCUGUUAAUUUGUAAGUAUGGAGAUUGGGAUUAAGCUAAUACUUGCAAAUUUGAUGUCAUUCCCAUCAGCCACAGCUCGAUUUGUAUGUUUAUCUAACACACUAAACUUUUAUCAUAUAAAGUUUCAAAACAUUAUUCGUAUUACACCAGUGUUGUUCAAAUCACCACACUAUCAAACACACCGACCCAAACUUCUGGAUAUCAACAAAAAAACAGCUGUCUGCUUAAGUUUGAAUUUGUGGUUGUUUUUUUUUUGUCUUUUUCAGAGCUCUGCCUCCGGUCCCUCGCUUAAUGGCCGGCUCUCUGGCUGGCACCACUGCUGUUAUGCUUACCUACCCCCUGGACAUGGUGCGAGCCAGGAUGGCAGUCACAGCCAAAGAAAUGUAAGCAUUUACCUUUUAUUUAUUACUCUUUAUAACACAGUACAGAAUAUUCAAUGAUUAAUUUCCCUGUGUAUAUGUUUUCUGUACCUUUACUGUUACAAUGCAUGCAAGUCACUUACUAUUAUACAGUAUUACCCCUGACUGCAUGUGUUUUGAUGCAGUCGAGUAAAAAAUGGUGUACCUGGUGUUUUUCCUCUCAACAGGUACAGCAACAUCAUGCAUGUGUUUGUGCGCAUCUCCCAAGAAGAGGGUAUGAGGACCCUCUACAGAGGUUUCAGCCCCACUAUUCUGGGGGUCAUCCCCUAUGCAGGCAUCACAUUUUUCACAUAUGAGACCCUCAAGAAGCUUCACACAGGUACUGAAUGUAUUCCCGCUGUCUCUGAUCUACUCUUCAAUAAAAUGAUUUAAUUCUUUUUAUUUAUUUGAAGCAAUAUAUAGAUGUGUAACCGCUCUUUCCACGUUUUUUUCUUUCACUUUAGAAAAAACAAAACGAUCACAGCCAUACCCGUACGAGCGACUGGCUUUUGGGGCCUGCGCCGGCCUGGUCGGACAAUCCGCCUCGUACCCUCUGGAUGUGGUGCGUCGGCGUAUGCAGACAGCUGGAGUUACAGGGUCGUCUUACGUCACGAUUUUGGGAACCAUGCGUGAGAUCAUAACGAAGGAGGGAUUUGUACAUGGACUUUACAAAGGCCUGAGCAUGAACUGGGUUAAAGGGCCCGUUGCUGUCGGGGUCAGCUUUACCACAUUUGACAUCACACAGGGCCUUCUUUUCAAACUCCACCAGAUGAGAUACUUCACCCACUGAAUCAGGCAGGUGUGAUAGAGGGAGGAUGAUACGCACACAUGAGACUGUUGGAAUGAGGAGAUGUACUUUGUUAAGCGGCAAUGAUAAGUGUUAUCACUCAGUCGAGGCAGGGUUGUCACCUGCUCCUGGUUGUGUAAAACAUGGACUGGAUGAGUGGACAGAAAGCCUGCGGUUCAAGAACGUUUCACAGUAUCUCGUGCUUUUGUUUAUGCACAUUCAGAAUUCGCUGUCACAGAGUCAGAUGACAAAAACAGAGUCUUUAAAUCAUUGUUCACAUAUUCAUGACUUUGUUCGAAACCAUGGCCCCAACAGGGUGGGCUCGGUGAUUAAAAGAUGAACAAUGGAUGAAGACUGUUGAUGAUGCUUGCACUUUAUUAGUCCUGCAAUGUUCUUUUGACUUAAUCUUUUGUCAAGAGAGAAAACUUGUUGCUUUUAACCUGGAGAGAUUUUUAUUUUUUGAUAAUCAUUUUGCUUUUUCUCUUUUUGAUUGUUUUAAGUAGCCUGGUUGUACCCCUAGAUUUGGGGGUAAGGUUAGUUUUGAAAGUUUGAUUUUAUCUGGUUUUAAAUGUCAUUUUUAAGAUGGUGCCAAUGUUAACUGAGUUUAAGCCGAUGGAGCGGAUGAUUGUAGGAAAAGGGGGGUGGGCAUGUUCGGAGGGUUGCACAGCUCCACUGUCCAUCGAGCACUGAGGUGGUGUGAAAAUAAUAUGUCUAAUAACUAAGGGGUUAAUCAGAUGUAUGGGAAAUAAAUCUUUAAAAAUAACUAAAAAUAUUGAUUUAUAUUCAUAUCAUUAAGGUUUCAUUUUUUACAGUGCUCAUUUUGCUGCGCAGAUUCAAUCAGUGCUUUGGGCUUUGACUCGACUGUGAUGCGUUGUUUACUUUCAAAAUCACAAUAUACCAAAGCACUUACAUCAGUCAUACGUUUCAUGUGAAAAAGGAAUCAUUAAAAUUUCAUUUCUAGUGUGUAUUUCAGUGUUUCCAAAGAUUUCAGUUUACAGUUGUAUCAAGCACACAAUGCAAUAAAGUGUCCAUCCACCAUCCUGA